UGGACGUCCAACACUUCACAUAUAUCGAGAUCUCCAUCCGUUCGUUUGAGUGGACUGUUUAUAAAUGAAAAAAAGAUGGCUGCUGAUUCCAGUGAAGAGAAAUUGUCGGAAGAUUACAUCCAGGAAACAGUGAGACAACUUUGUCGGAAACUGGAGAAUAGCGGCGAUGAUUGUUUAUUUCUGCGAGUGACUGAUCGAGGAACAGCUUGCUCCAAGUUGGGGACAAAGAAUGCUCUAUUGUUUGAAAGGACACAACCACAGCUUACACAGGAAUUCAGGAAAUUUUGUUCAGGACUUUAUUCUUCUUUGGGUGUGUCCUUGAAGAGCGAAGGAGAUUUAAAUGAUGAAGAUGGUGGUUCCGUAAGACCGGAGACUGUCCUGACAACAGAUACUCAGGCAGAUUCGGGAGAUGGAGGAUGUGAUGAAAUGUAUGAUACAGGCACCUGUUGUCAACAAACAGUGCUGACUACAAACAAACUGGAAGGAGGAACAAGAUACAUAGGAGAAAGUAAAGAUGAUAGAACAGCCAUAUUUAAUAGCCAAACAGAAAGUAAAGAUGAUAGAACAGCCAUCUUUAAUAGCCAAACAGAAAGUGGCAGAAAAAAAUCAACAAACAAGAAAAAGAAAACAAAUAUCAAUAGUGAAAAUACAAAGUCCAAAUUGACUAAGAAUAACAGAUCAGACGAGAAUGACAGUACAAUUAUUGAGUGUGCCGCUGUUAAUACAAUUGGUACACAGAAUAAAAUGGAUAAUAGUGAAAGCCGGGCUCGACCGAAACGUAAAAUGUGUACACCAAGCAAGUUAAAACUGUAUGAAACAAACUUCAAUAAGAGUAGUGAGAAUUCUUCAGGUGCUAAAAAUAACACCUCCACACCUAUAGAGAAAUCUGUCAGGGCUGUGAAGGGGAAAGUUACUAAGAGCUGCCCAAAGGAAUCACUUGACAAAGAAAGCAAGGGUCAUAAAGGUGAAGGAGAAAGAAGGACAUGUCUUGGUAAGAAAAGCAAAAAGUCUGAGAUCACCCUCUGGUGGAAACAAAAAGUCUGAUCAAGAGAUGCCC